AUGGCGGACGUGACGGACGUGAGUGGCGGGCGGGAGGCGGUGCCUGUGGCCGUGGCGCGGGGUCCGCACGGGGAGGCCCCGGCGGGGUUCCAGUAUAGCCCAGACAACGUGGCUGGAGCAGAUGGGAAUGUUGACCCCACUGAAAUCACCUUCCCAGGAUGUUCCUGUGGCACCAUCUCCUGCGUGCCUCACGUCUGCUCGUGUCUUCACUGGGGUGAAAAUUACAACAGCUUGUGCCUCAGGCCCACGGAGGAAGAGGAGGGGUACACCAGGCCUGUGUUUGAGUGCAAUGCCAUGUGCCAGUGUGGGGAAUCCUGUCAGAACAGAGUUGUGCAGAGGGGCUUGCAGCUCAGGCUUGAGGUGUUCAAGACCGAGAAGAAAGGGUGGGGGCUUCGUACCCUGGAGUUCAUAGCUAAAGGGAGAUUUGUCUGUGAGUAUGCUGGUGAAGUUUUAGGCUUUAAUGAGGCACAUAGAAGAAUUCAGGCCCAGACAUCAAAGGAUUCAAACUAUAUCAUAGCAGUGAGGGAGCACCUGCACAGUGGUCAGAUACUGGAGACGUUUGUUGACCCCACAUAUGUUGGUAACGUAGGCAGGUUCCUCAGCCACUCCUGUGAACCAAAUUUAUUUAUGAUCCCAGUUCGAGUUGAUUCCAUGGUGCCUAAACUGGCACUUUUUGCAGCCACUGAUAUUUCUGCUGGAGAGGAACUUUCAUAUGAUUACUCUGGAAGAUUUCAUAAUUUACCAAUUCCUAAGAGAGAACAGGAACCUCUAGAGGAUGAUAACCAACUGAGAAAACCUUGCUACUGUGGUGCCACCUCAUGUGCCUCCUUCUUACCUUGGGACAGCUCCCUCUUUUCCACACCAGACAUUUCUUCAGGGAACUCUCAUGGCUUUUCAGUCCCUAAGCAUAGCUGACAAAUACCAUUUUCACUAGUAGCUAAAUUGCCAUUAAAGAAAACUCUGGUUUGUAUUCUAUCAAGGAAGAAUGUGGUUUUGAGAUAUGUCUAAAGACAAGAUUUUCAAAAUAACUUCAUGAAACAUCUUAGAGACUGUUCUAAACGUUCAAGAUAUGAUGUAAGGGAGUGCUGGAGCUUCAAGAUAUUCCAAAAUCAGUUCCUGGUGGACUUCUUGUUUUCUUCUCCCAGCUUGCUGUAUGGUAAAGCACCUCUCUCCAUCUGUACCUUUAAGAAUGAAACAGAACACUGGUACACAGAAAGGACAUGUGGUAACAGUGAGAAAUGUAACAAAGUUACCCAGCAGAAUGAGACCAAGGAUGCUGACAUUUGUAAGAAUGACUAUGGGGUUCUUAAAAUUAAAAUAUAUUUUUUUAAUUA